AUGCCAUUAUUGACACCAACCUCUCUAGUACCAUAUACUAAGAUCAAAGUAAUUUUUUUAAAAUUAUUCUUUAUAUUUUCCAUUAUUAUUCCGUUUUUGCCAAUAUAUAUACUUCCAUACUUUCAUAUAGAUUGGUCCAUAGAGUUAGAUUAUAUAUUUAAGAUAGAGGGAACUCAAAAGCAUGCUCUUUUCUCAUCACCUUCGUACCCAUUUCCUUGAAUUUAACAAAUUUCAUUACCCCAUUAUCUCAAUUUGGAUCAAUCUCAUCUUCCAGCAAUUCUUCCAAUUGAUCUCUCAUCUUGUACCUCGAUCUCGAUCUAAAGGAUAGAAUUCAGAAAGUUAGCUGUUUAACAUUUGCAGAGAAUAUACUUAACUCAGGAAUUCAAGCUUCUUGAUUUUCUAUAUAAUCAUUAUUUUUUUGAAGGUGUGUGCACAUUCAUAAAGAUGGGUUUGAGUUCUAAGGAGGUUUCAGGGGACGGCGGACUGGGUUGGAGCCAGGCGUUGUUGCAGGCUCAGACGUUGGAGUUACCAAAACCGUCGGUGAAGCGGCAGCAGCAGAACCAAUCGGAGCAGCUGAAGUGUCCGAGGUGUGAUUCUACCAACACAAAGUUCUGUUAUUACAACAACUAUAACAAGUCACAGCCAAGGCAUUUCUGCAAGGCUUGUAAGAGGCACUGGACCAAAGGUGGCACACUCCGUAACGUCCCUGUUGGCGGCGGCCGCAAAAACAAGCGGCUCAAGACAUCAAAUAGUGGUGGUGGUGGUGGUGGUGGCGGCGCCACGAGCGGUGCCAGUACUAGUACGGUAGCCGAUAUCAGCAAGAGGGGAUCAUCCCAAUUCCAGGAACAGAGGCAGAGGCAGGAGAAGCACGAUUAUCUUCCUUCUGCACUUGGUGAUCUGAAAAACAUUUACGAUUUCAACCAUCCAGUGCUCACUUGUCCGCUGCCAUCUUUGGUCCCUGGCAAUAGGGUAUUCCUGGGUUCAACUUCAACACUUUCCCUGCCUCAAAAUCAAGCCCUGCAUUUUCCCUUUUCUACCUCGAGCUCGAGUUCUUUUGACACAAACCCAUCUUCAAUAUCGACCUCUUUUCAAUCUCAAAAUGUUUAUGAACCCAUGGAGGAUCCAACCAUCGCCAGCAUCACCAUGCCCGCCACUAGCACCACCGUCACUCAGCCGCCAUGGCAAACGCCCUGUGCAACCAGCGCCGCCAUGGAGAUGACAAACUACUGGAAUUGGGAUGAAAUAGAUGCUCUUGUCUCCACAGAUAUCAACAUACCAUGGGAUGAUUCCGAGAUCAAACCAUGAAUUAAAGUAGCAAUCUUUAACCAUAUUACCUCUUUUCUUGAAAUGGGUUUUGCUUUUUAAUGGUGGUUUGUUCAUUUUUUUUCCCCCUUAAAUCGUCAGUCUUUUUCAGUGUACUUCUCCCCCCCUACUUAUAAUAUGUAUAGUUUUCUUCUUCUUCAGUUCAACAUGUAACAAAUGGAUUGAGAUGUAUACUGUUUGAAGCUGUCAUUUUUGCAGUUUCAGCUUCGAGUUAAAGAUGUGCAUUUGUACACAUCUCUCUGUUCUAAGGCCAGGGUUCAUCUGUUUCUUGAAUGGAAUAUGAUGAAUAGAGGGGAUGGGGUCUGUUACAGCUAUGCUGGGCUAACUGGACGUGAUGGAAGAUUCUUGUUUAUAUCUUUGGACACAUGAAUAAUAUUCUCCACGGAUUUUUUUUUCCUGCUCAUAAUUCAUAGCCACUAGUUGAGAAUCAUUGUCUAUUCCUUGUCCUGACAGCAUUCUAGUUGUAAAGUGGUUUUCUUGUAUUAAUUUUUCUUCUUCUUGUUCUCUAUCGUUUGUUCUGGUCCAGUUUAUACUGUGUUUGAAGAUUUGGUUGAUUGUUUGUUUUUAAUCAGGCACUCAAAUCAUUGUUCAG